GACUCUCUCUCUCCCCCCACCCCAAUUUUCUCCUAAUUUUUUUUAAUAUAUAAGUAUAAAGUUCAUGCAGAAAUAUUAAGAAUGGAGAAAAAUUAAAUAUUACUAAAACUUCUCUGAAAUAUUUUUAUUUGUGUGUUGAAAAUGAAUGAUAAUACGAGUGUGGAUAUGUUAACAACAUCUGGUGGUACUCCAGUAGGGUCAAGGUGGAAUCCAACAAAGGAACAAAUUGAUUUACUUGAGAGUUUAUAUGGGCAAGGGAUAAGGACACCAAGUGCUGAACAGAUACAGCAGAUUACAGGGAGGCUAAGGGCUUUUGGACACAUUGAGGGCAAAAAUGUCUUUUAUUGGUUUCAAAAUCAUAAGGCAAGGCAACGCCAGAAAGAGAAGCAAGAUAAAUUUGCAUAUUUCAAUCAGUUUCUUCUUAGGACUCCUGUUUUUCCACCACCUAAUUGCCCAAAUGUUGUUUGCAGUCCUUAUUACACACCACAAAGCAAUCUAGGGUUUUAUCAACAGUAUCCAGUAAUUCAAAGUGUGAUCAUCCCGGGACCAGGCUGUUUCAACAGGAGAGAAACUUGUGACAGUACUGUUCACAAUAUGGAUGCUACUUCUACUCAUUGUCAAGUAAAAAGCAACAUGGAGUAUGUUGUCCCAGAUGUUAGACAAUUUAAGCAAGAAACUUUGGAACUUUUUCCACUGCAUCCUACUGGUCUUUUACAAGAAAAGACUACAAGUUCUUAUGCGAAUCAUGAUCAUCAGUCCAGUGUUACUACUACUUGUUGUCCUACUGAUCUUGAAAUUAGUGCAGCUGAUCAUCCUCCAGUUUUUAACUUUCUAUGUGGAAAUUAAGUUGUCCUUUUGAGAGCUAGUUUUGUGACUUUUUGCUGGCAGUAUGUUUCAUCUGGAUGGCUUCUUGUCUUUGUUUUUGUUAAUUAGUAAUUGCUUAGUUGGUUUUGAUCUCAAAUAGUAGUACAUGUGAUCAUAUUAUCUUUCUUCUGAACAAUACAAUAUGUUGUGAAUG